AUGAGCUGGGCAAGGACAGAAGAUGAAACUUUAGUUGUCAUGUCUGAUACAUUUCUGAACUUGACUAUCUCAGCUUCAGGAAAAUGUGGUUCCCCACCAGCAAAGUGGAUGUCACUGGAUUUCUUCAGAAUUAUGGGAAGAUAUGUGGUGUUUCUUCCUCCAGCUGAGAUCCAGGACCUUCGAUCUGAUGAAUUAUGCAAGCUCUUCAAUGACACCUCCUCCUUCUCUGAAUGUUUCUCCAUGGUAUAUGACAUGAAUGAGCUGACAGGACAGAUUCUCAUCUCGAAACUGAAAGAACGUUGCUUGAACCCAAAAGAUGAACCAUUUGGCAGGCUUGGAGCAUUGAAUUGUUUCUAUGGUACAGUCACAAACAUCACUGCCAAUGGAACUGAACUUUAUUUAAAGCAACUAAAGAACUGUCAAAAUGCAGCUGCUAAAAAGGUCCAAGAUGAGCUCACAAAACAACUGAUAUCAUCAAAACCACCAAGUAAGGAAUUGCUUCUGAAUCUUGUUUCAAUGGGGUCAGCAGUCCCCAGUGAUCUCAUCUUGAGCCUCAGUGACAAAGAGAUCCACAGCAGCAUUGAGCAGCUUGGCAGAGAGACUAGCUGGAGACAGAGGGAGAGCAAGACGAUUGUGAAGAAGUUUUUAGCUGCAGGUGGCACUCUAUCAAAUGCCGCUGAUGUGGUGAAGUUGGGCACAUUGGUUUUAGGUGUGGAUUCCCAAGUUCUACGAAAUGUAAGUGGAAAGGAAUACCUGACUGCAGCCCAGGGUGGAUUGGAUAAAACAUCAUGCAUACUAUCAUCACUACAACGUGCUGCCAUUGUCAACCAGAUAUUGCAAGAUGUGAACUCAACUAUGGUGGUCAAGUCCCUGUCUGCAUGCCUACUCAACAGACUGCCACUAGAUACAUUACAGUCUGCUUCUAACAUAACACUUGAAAUGAUUGAGAGCAAAAACUGGACUAAAGCACAGGCCUUAUAUGUUGUAAAAGCUGUCUUCCAGCUCCAGCCAAUUCAACCUGUAGAACUUAGGAGGCUUGGAGCUGCUAUGAAGGGCGUCUGCUGUGACACCAUAAACAGGAUGAAUGAUACAGACAUAAGUGAAAACAGCCAGAUUUUAUUCGAGAACAGUGCUCAGCUUUCUCAAGCCCAGAUAGUAUGUGCUGCUGCAAAACUCUGGGCAGCACUGAAGAAAGAAAGGGCAAAUUACUUUGGCACCAUAACUGCAACAGAGCUGCAAACAAUUCCAAGCAUUUUUCUUCUUUUCUUAGAAAAAAUGAUUAAUGCUGUAAUUGGUGUACCAACAAUGCAGAAAGGUUGUGCCAUUAUCAUUAGAAGCACUAAUGAAGAAGCCAGGAUUUUGUUUAUGUUAAAGAUUAUCUCCGGCAAAGUUCUUGGCCAACCACAAGUAAUUUUAAGUAUAGUUGUUACAGUAUAUGAAUAA